ACGCAUGCACCGCUUCAUUGCCCACCGACAAAUUCCAAAACAUAAGCGAACCGCACAAUAAGAAAUUUAAGAUUUGCACUUAAAAGAAAGAUGCGAGCUAUUCCAACUUGGGUAGAUAAAGUUCACGACAGGGAUAAAGUAGAACAAUGCAUCUGGGAUUUAUGCUUUAGACCCGAUGGCAGUCAGUUGAUUGUUGCUGCUGGUAACCGUGUCCUAGUUUAUGACACCAGUGAUGGUACCCUGAUACAGCCCCUAAAAGGUCACAAAGACACUGUGUAUUGUGUGGCAUAUGCCAGAGAUGGGAAAAGAUUUGCUUCAGGAUCUGCAGAUAAAAGUGUCAUUAUAUGGACCAGUAAAUUAGAAGGAAUUUUAAAGUACACUCAUAACGAUGCUAUACAGUGUUUAUCAUAUAAUCCUGUGACACAUCAGUUAGCUAGCUGUGCUGUCAGUGACUUUGGUCUGUGGUCCCCUGAACAAAAGAAUGUAUCUAAACACAAAGUAAACAGUCGUAUAACUUGUGCUAGCUGGACAAAUGAUGGACAGUACCUAGCACUGGGAUUGUAUAAUGGUCUGAUUAGUAUCAGAAAUAAGGGUGGUGAAGAAAAGGUAAAGAUUGAAAGACCAUAUGCAGCAGGAAGUCCUGUAUGGUCUUUGGAAUGGAAUCCUAGCAGAAAAGGUGCAGUUACUCCCCAUUCACAUUUCUCAAAAGAUGAACCCUAUGAUAUAUUGUCUGUUGCUGAUUGGGGACAAAGACUGUCUUUCUAUCAACUCUCAGGAAAACAGAUAGGAAAAGAUCGUGCACUUGGUUACGACCCUUGUACACUAGGUUGGUUUUCUAAAGGAGAAUAUGUUGUAGUAGGAGGUUCUAACAAGCAGUGCUGUCUUCAUACCAGAGAGGGAGUAAAGCUGGGUAUUAUUGGAGAGCAGGAGUCAUGGGUGUGGUGUGCCGCAGUCAAACCAGAUUCAAAUUAUGUGGCUGUUGGUUGUCAGGACGGUACUAUAGCAUACUACCAGUUAAUAUUCAGUACAGUACAUGGUUUAUACAAAGACAGAUAUGCUUACAGAGAUAAUAUGACUGAUGUGAUCAUACAACAUCUAAUCACAGAACAGAAAGUGAAAGGAGUUACUCAGAUGCAUUUGAUGAAAUCAAUGACCCAGAUUUUGGACAGUAUUUAUUAUGAUGAAUCUGAUGUUGAAGAAGAUGAUGACAGGGCUGCUUAUGAGAUCAAACGUGCUCUAGGGACAUUAAGUCCUAUGUUCAAAACUGCUAGAGUAAGAAUUAAAUGUCGUGAUCUAGUGAAGAAAAUAGCUAUAUACAGACACAGACUAGCAGUUCAGUUACCAGACAAGAUUGUUAUAUAUGAACUAUAUUCUGAUGACUCAGCAGAUAUGCAUUACAAAGUGAAAGAGAAAAUAAACAGGAAGUUUGAAUGUAACCUGCUGGUUGUGUGUUCACAAAAUAUCAUACUAUGUCAGGACAAGAGAUUACAGUGUUACUCAUUCCAAGGUGUAAAGGAACGAGAAUGGAUGAUGGAGUCCUUGAUACGAUAUAUCAAGGUUAUUGGUGGCCCAUCUGGCCGUGAAGGCCUACUGGUUGGGCUGAAAAAUGGACAGGUAAAUUGUACUGACAUGGCACCACAUGGCAGUGAGGGGCUAAUUGUGGGCCUUAAGGAUGGACAGAUAAUGAAGAUAUUUGUUGACAAUGCAUUCCCGAUCAUGUUACUGAAACAGAGUACAUCUGUGAGAUGUUUAGAUAUGAGUGCCACCAGAACCAAGUUAGCUGUUGUUGAUGAACAUAAUACAUGUCUUGUGUAUGAUCUCAACACUAAAGAUCUACUCUUCCAGGAGCCUAAUGCUAACAGUGUUGCCUGGAAUACUCACUAUGAAGACAUGUUGUGUUUCUCUGGAAAUGGUUUACUAAACAUCAAAGCUAGUAACUUUCCAGUACACCAACAGAAACUACAGGGUUUUGUUGUAGGGUUUAGUGGAUCUAAGAUAUUCUGUCUGCAUGUGUAUUCUAUGUCAUCAGUAGACGUGCCUCAGUCAGCACCUAUGUAUCAGUACCUGGAAAAGAAACAUUUCAAGGAUGCAUAUAAAGUUGCCUGUUUAGGGGUAACAGAAGGAGAUUGGGAAGCAUUAGCUCACGAAGCCCUUGAAGGAUUAGAUUUUGAUACAGCAAAGAAAGCCUUCAUUAGGAUUAGAGACCUGAGAUAUUUAGAACUUAUUCACAGUAUAGAGGAAAGGAAGAAGAGGGGUGAGAAUGAUAACAUGAUAUUCCUUGCUGAUGUAUACAGUUACCAGACUAAGUUCCAUGAAGGAGCCAAGCUAUACAAGAAAGCUGGACAAGAACAAAGGGCUAUGAAUAUGUAUACAGACCUCAGAAUGUUUGAUUAUGCCAAGGAAUACAUAGGUUCUGGAGAUCCAUUGGACAAGAAGAUGUUGAUUACAAAACAGGCCGACUGGGCCAAGAGUAGUAAUGAACCUAAAGCUGCAGCGGAAAUGUACAUCUCAGCCGGUGAAUUCUGUAAAGCUAUUGAUAUUAUAGGGGACCAUGGAUGGGGAGAUAUGUUGAUAGACUUAGCCAGGAAGUUAGACAAGGCAGAUAGAGAGGCAUUAUCUAGAGCAGCCAUGUACCUAGCUAAGUUAGAACAAUAUCCAUAUGCUGCUGAAGUCUACAGUAAGAUGGGAGACAUUAAAUCUCUGAUAUCACUCCAUGUAGAGGCUAAACACUGGGAAGAUGCUUUCACGUUGGUAGAGAAACACCCAGAAUAUAAAGAGGAAGUGUAUGUCCCUUAUGCACAAUGGUUAGCAGAAAAUGACAAAUUUGAAGAGGCCCAGCAAGCCUUCCACAAAGCUGGACUCCAGACUGAGGCUGUGAAGGUGUUAGAAGAACUUACCCACAAUGCAGUGCUGGAGAGUCGAUUCAAUGAUGCAGGGUACUACUUUUGGAAACUGUCAAUACAGUGUAUAGAUAUUGCUCGAGAUGAACCAGAUAAAAGAGAAGAGAUGUUAGAGAAGUUCCAUGAUUACCAGAGAAGGGCAGACAUGUACUUUGCUUACCACUCUAUACAGAGAUAUACUGAUGAGCCUUUUACAUCACAUUUACCAGAAGCAUUGUUUAAUAUAUCUAGAUACCUGUUACAUAUGAUGCAGGGAGUCAUUCCUUAUGGUAUAUCUAAAGUUGGCACAUUAUAUGCUCUAGCCAAACAGAGUAAAAACUUGAAUGGAUUUAAACUGGCCAGAUAUGCUUAUGAGAAGUUACAUACACUGAGGAUUCCUAGCAGAUUCCAGGAGGCUGUAGAUCUAGGCAGUGUUAUUAUCAGAUCUAAACCAUUCCAGGAUGCUGAGGAAUUAUUACCCAUGUGCUAUAGAUGUUCUACAACCAAUCCUUUACUGAACAAUGGAGGAAAUUUCUGUAUCAACUGUAGACAGCCUUUUGUCCAUUCCUUUGUCUCAUUUGAGGUUUUACCAUUGGUUGAGUUUGUGAUAGAAGAAGGAAUAACUGAUGAAGAAGCUGUACAAAUAUUAGAUUUAUCUAUACCUAAACAGAAGAAAGAAGAUAAAAAAUGGCAUGAAAGUCGUAUGGGGCAAGCCCAAACAUUGCGACUUGGUGAUGAAACAGAUGACCCAGAGGAAGAUGAUCCAUUCACAGCUAAACUACAUUCUUUUGAGCAAGGAGGAACAGAAUUUAAGCCUGUUAGAGUGACCAGAACAGUCCUCCAGUCUUUAUCAAGAUCUGAAGUUUAUGUUCUAAAAUGGCCAAAACCUUUAAGAUACCAGUUCUUCAAGUCUCUAUUACCUGAUGUAACAAUAACACAGUGUCCAUUCUGUCAUAAGUUGUUCCACACUGAUGAUUUUGAACUUCAGUAUUUACAGAAAGGCCAUUGUCCGUUCUGCAGAAAUUCACAGGAGGAGUAACUUUAGAUUAUGAACUAUGUUGUUUUAAUUUACUGGUAUACACAUCUGCUUAUGUAUGUUUUAUUGAUUUCACAUUCUUGCAAAAAAAGUGAAAUAAAUGAAAGAAUGACUUGUAAAAAGGUAGAAGUUUUCAAAGCAGAUUAGAAAUGAGAGGCUUUAUUUUCAUGUUUUAGCAUAAACCUUUUUACUGUUACCUUAUCUUUAUUGUCACAAUAUAGGAAGCAUGCAUAGCAAUCAUUGAUCAGAAAGUUUAUGAUCAUGAAAGUAUUAAUUACACUUUAUUCCAUGUUUUUCCGUCCAUUUUAUAGAUUUUUAUUUGUUGUACAACUGCCAUUCUACACCAUGCUGUGCUCUCUGUAAGGUUAAUAAUGAUUGUUACAAUAUAGGUAUAUCUCGUUACCAUCAAUAUUUAUACUACAGAGAACGUUAAACAUUGCUUAUUGUUUUGAAAAAGACUUCAAAUAAAGUUUAUAUUUAGUUCUUGACAAAAUUGUAUAAAAUAAGGAAACAAGUUGUUAUGAUAGUUUUUAAGAGUAAUAUGAGAAAUUUUGUUACCUGUAUCUGUACAUUUGUGAUUUUCUAUCUAAAUUAUUUAUUUUUUAAAAAAGAUCUGAAAUAAUUGAGAAUAUGUAAAAUAAAAAAAUAUAUUCUUGGA